GCACUCCAGCUCUGGCGCAAUCGCUCCGACACGCCGGGGGAGCGGAGACGCAAAACGCAGGACCUCAGCGAUGGAGCAGUGACAAGAGGCAACUGUGAGACUCCCCCGUCGGAGAAAACAAAUCACAGUCACCUACAUGACCAAAGAAACGAGCCCGGCAACGAGAAACGUAAGCGUAACAAUCAUGCAAUUCAAGUACCGACGAAUUUGAGCGACCGCUUCUCCUUCAAGGUUACGCCGCUUGAAGACGCCCCGACAUCCCGACCCCCCCCCCCCUUGUCGCUCAUCAGCUGGCGAACGUCGCCGCGGUUGCCGACCACCAUGUCCGUGGAAGAUCGGGGAUACCCCGACGCGAUGCUGCUGCUGGAGGCCGGGCCGGAGUGGAUGCGGGCCGAGAUCGAGCGUCUGGCCCGGGAGCUGGGUGAGACCACGAACGAGAAGAUCCAGGCGGCGGAGUACGGGCUGGCGGUGCUGGAGGAGAAGCAGCAGCUCAAACAGCAAUACGACGACAUGGAGAUGGAGUACGAGGCCGUGCGGCAGGAGCUCGACCAGCUGAAGGAGGCCUUCGGACAAGCCCACUUUAACCACAGGAAGGUGGCUGCAGAUGGGGAGAGUCGCGAGGAGUCUCUUAUCCAGGAGUCGGCCUGUAAGGAGGCCUACUACGAGCAGAGGGUCCUGGAGCUGCAGACCGAGCUCCGCCAGGCGCGCAACAUCCUCACCAACACCCAGUCUGAGAAUGAACGUCUGAACACCAUCUCCCUGGAGAUGAGAGAGAACAGCCAGAUGGUGGAGCUGCAGAGGAAUCAGCUGCGCGAUGACAUCAAGGAAUACAAGUUCCGGGAGGCUCGACUGCUGCAGGACUACACCGAGCUGGAGGAGGAGAACAUCUCGCUGCAGAAGCAGGUCUCCAUGCUCAAACAGAGCCAGGUGGAGUUUGAGGGUUUGAAGCAUGAGAUCCGUCGUCUGGAGGAGGACACUCAGUUCCUGAACAGCCAGCUGGAGGAUGCCAUCCGCCUGAAAGAGAUCGCUGAGCGUCAGCUCGGGGAGGCCCUGGAGACCAUCAAGACCGAGCGUGAGCUCAAAGCUUCCCUGAGAAAAGAGCUUUCCCACUACAUGAGCAUCGGAGACACUCUCUAUCACAGCCCACUCAGCAUCUCUCUGGAUGGUCUCAAGUUCAGCGACGAUGCCGGCACUGAGCCCAACAACGACGAGGCUCUCCACGGGUAUGAGAAUGGCUUCACUAAACUGGCCAAUGCCAUCGCCGAGGACAACCGCGUCUCAACGCCCAGGAAGGAGGACUUGUUCUGCCCUGCGCCCAGCCUCGUGGACGACCUGCUGAGCGAACUUAACAUCUCAGAGAUCCAGAAGCUCAAACAGCAGCUGAUACAGAUGGAGCGUGAGAAGGUCAACCUGCUGUCGACCCUGCAGGACUCCCAGAAACAGCUAGAGCAGGCUAACGGGGCUCUGUCAGAUCACCAGGAGAAGCUCAACCGCCUCACGGAGAACCUCAGCGCCAUCCGCAAGCUCCAGGCCAGCAAGGAGCGCCAGUCUGCCUUGGACAACGAGAAAGAACGCGAUAGCAACGAAGACGGAGACUACUACGAAGUGGACAUCAACGGACCUGAGAUCCUAGAGUGCAAGUACAAGGUUGCUGUGUCUGAGGCAGGCGAGCUAAAGGAGGAGCUAAAGACUCUGAAAGCCGAAUACCAGGCCUGUCAGUCACGUUACGAAGAGGAGAGCACCCGUCUGGAGAACGACGUCACAACACUGGGAGAGAAGCUGGCGACUUUGGAGAAGAGCAGUCAGGCCGAGAAAAAUGAGAAGACCAAGUUGGAGAAGGAGCUCCGCAAGUUGAGCGACGUGGCGGGCGAGUCCCAAGGCAGCCUGAGCGUGGCACAGGACGAGCUCGUCACCUUCAGUGAAGAACUGGCCACCCUCUACAACCACGUCUGCAUGUGUAACAACGAGACGCCCAACCGUGUAAUGCUCGACUUCUACAAGGAAGGUAAGGGUGGUCGGAGCAGCCCAGAGGGCCGUGGCCGUCGCUCUCCCAUCCUGCUCACCAAGGGCCUGUUCCCCGAGCCUGGUAAGGCUGACCUCAGCGAUGGCUCCCCCUCUUCAGUCUCCUCCCUGCCCUCUCCUGUGUCCGACCACCGGCGCGAGCCAAUGAACAUCUACAAUCUGGUGGCCAUCAUCAGGGACCAGAUCAAGCACCUGCAGCUCGCCGUGGACCGCACCACUGAGCUGUCGCGCCAGAGGGUGGCGUCUCUGGAGCUCGGCACCGUGGCCGACAAGGACAAGGAAGCCUGCAUGGAGGAGAUCCUCAAAUUAAAAUCCCUGCUCAGCACCAAGAGGGAACAGAUUGCCACCCUGAGGACUGUCCUCAAAGCCAACAAGCAGACAGCUGAAGUUGCUCUGACCAAUCUGAAGAGCAAGUACGAGAACGAAAAGGCCAUGGUGACCGAGACCAUGAUGAAGCUGAGGAACGAGCUCAAAGCCCUGAAGGAAGACGCUGCCACCUUUUCCUCUCUCCGAGCUAUGUUUGCCACUCGUUGUGACGAGUAUGUCACCCAGCUGGACGAGAUGCAGAGGCAGCUUGCUGCAGCGGAGGAUGAGAAGAAGACCCUCAACUCGCUGCUGCGGAUGGCCAUCCAGCAGAAACUGGCCCUGACGCAGCGCCUGGAGGACCUGGAGUUCGACACCGAGCAGAUCCGCCGCGGAGGCACCGCCAGCCGUGCUAGGACCCGCAGCAAGGCCGCCAGUGCGGCCGCCGCCGCCGCCGCUGCCACCAACAACCCCCACGUAAGUCAGAGUCUCUCCUGCUCUGGCUCCGGCCGACCAGAGCACAACAAUGCUGUGCCCAACGGCAUUCUGGGAGGCCCGGUGGUCUUUUGCAGCGAGAAGUACAAGAUCUACUGUGACUGAGGCGUCCGAGAAUUCUGCAAGGGACUGCUGUGUACAAAGGGGAGGGAGCCUCCCUGCCUUAGUGUUUAAGAGCCCCACUCGCUCGCUUAGCUCCCUGGCCAGCCUGCGCUCCUCUAGGGACUGCUGUGUGACUAACCGGCUGCUCGUGUGUGCUAGUGUAAACGCUUAGGGGAAUGCAGAUAUAUGUACAGUGUGCACUAGACUUUUGGACUGUAGUAGACAUAUAUGGCAUGUGGAUUAUGAGGCCCCGGUUAUAUUGGGGGUUCUGUGGAUAUUAUGGAGUGUCUAUUCUUUCCGCUGUCACGGUGCCGUACGUAUGAUGUAAAAGGUGGCAGCUUCUGUGCUCGUUUGUUCUGCCCCCUGAGUGUAUUGCCUGGUAACAGUAACACAUUGUGGGGGUGGGGACUUGUGAAGGAGGAUGUCAAUAUGAGGCUCUAGUAACUCAAUAUGACAUCCUCUGCUCUUCGGCUCGUCUGUUGGCAUCGGUGCUCCUUUAAAAGAAAGAUAGAAGCCCCCUUCUCUCCUCUGCCUCUCCGUCCUGGUCCCCCGGGACCGACCUGUGUCCAGUCGCCCACUGCCUAAUCAGGUCACUCUUAAAUGUUUACAAGAAGAAAAAAGGAACUAAAAUAUGCAAACUCCCCCUGCUUUCUUGCACGGGGAGCUCAGUGUGAUUCUACACCGAAAUUCAAAAACUCACGGGUGGGCGUUGUGAUGUGAUUGUUCGGGCAGAGAAGGAGCACCUGUGACCACAGGUGUUUAUAUCAGGAACAUUUUAAAGCUGUGAUGGUAGCACACCAGUACAACGGGGUUGGUAGAGAUGCAUGGCUUUUGCAGCUAAAAAUGCUUAUGAGCUUUUUACCUGUUUUUCUUUUGUUGGGUGUGUGGUAUAAGAAAAUGUACUACAGGGCUCUACAUUGUAAAACAAAACAAAAAGUGGAGUUAUUUGGUGUCUGGUGCGAUACGGGAGGGCUACUUGUUCCACGUGACCCAUUCCGUUGCGUUGGAUUAUUUCAGAGCCAUAUUCUGAGAGAGAGAGAAAGUUUGACAAAUCGAUCUCCAUACCCAAAUUAAGUGCACUUCAGCAUAGGUGCCUCAGGUUCCUACUUCUGUUGUAAUGGAUAUAAUGGUUACUGUGAGCAGAGAUUCACUAUAGUUUUGAUUAAAGAUUCUUUUUUAUACGGAGCAAAAUCAUGGAAGAGCACAAAUCCAAAAUGCACCCACAAACAAAACCACCCGACCACACGGCAAAAGUGCCUGUCGACCCAAACACUUGAUAUGUUCAUCCGUUGAUGUAAAGCCCUGUCCGUGUGUCUCAGCUUGAGCUAACACUGUCCUCUCUUUUCCUUCUCUCCCUUCUCCUUGUUCUAAGAAAUCUUUCAGAGGUCUCCUGUAAUUUCUGUGUGGUUGAACAACACCUUCCUCAUGUGUCUGACCUGUGUCUUGUCGCUCGGUCGCCAUAACGACCUUCUCUCCUGUAGAUUGUCAGCAGCUUGCUCUCCCAGCAUCGCCACACACCCUUUAAAUAGAAUGAGGAUUUGCCGGGGGGGGAACGUGCCCUCGGAAUAUUUUUGUCAGGUAACGUCCUCACAUAUUUUGUGUUCCUGAUUUUUUUCGUAUUAUUUUUUGCCUGUGUGUAUAUCAGCAUUGAAAUGAGGGGCCCUCAUUGUGUGUAUUAUGUUUUUUAACCUUUGCAAAUGUAGGGUCGCUCAUUUCUUUUCCUUUAUUUUGGUGUGUGAGGACAAAGCGAUGUGCUGUUUUAGUAUCAACAAUAGCUUUAACCCCUCGCAAGCUAUAGCAUUACGCAAAUAGAAAAAAAAAUAUGAGUGGGGCUUGUGUUUUAAAUCCAUGUAUUUGCUUGUGGAUCGUAGACACAUUAGCUUUAUGAUGCUGAAAGCAGGGUUGAUGUGAGGAAAUCCUGCAAGAUUUAUCAAAUUAGGAGUUUUCUACUACAACUAAGCUAUAUAUUACUCUCUAUAUUCUUAAUAUGAUCAUGUUCAGGUUAUAAUCUUGCAGGAUCCUACUACAGUAUUCCUUCCUCUGGAAUAUGAAGAGGAGUCCGCAGUCAACCCUGCUUGAGUGGGCAUCCAUAAGCCACAGCACACAGCAUGGAGACAAGGCUAUCGUACACGUUAAGGAAAAAGAAAAAGCAACCUCCUUUAGAGGUCGAUCACUCUUAUGAUUCACUUCACUUACAAGUGCGAUACAUUCUGUUUCUAUCAGUUUGCGCUGACAGAGAAAAAAGGUUUGGGGAGUAGAGGAUGGAGAACUACUCGUGUUGUAAAGCAGCUCCUGAGAGAGCAGAUAAGAAAGCUAGACGUGCUGGUGAGGAGGGCCAGAUGUCCGACUGAGAGCUGACUCAUUCUGGGGUGAAAUGAGGGAGAAACUCCUGGUAACUUUUGGAGGAAGAGUUAAAAAAAACAAAAAACUAGUUGCUCAAUCAAACAGUGACAUUGAUUCAAAUUAGUCGAGCCCCUAUAACCCCUUCCCCUUGUAUAGGCUCAUUGGAAUCACUGAACAGUAGAUAGACCCCAGGAUGUGAUCGUAAGGAGAAUCCCCCCUUUCAACAGACGAAUCCCCACUUUCGCUCCACCUAGUUUGAAAUCAAUUAUCUGGCUCAGCAUGCCACCUAAAAGGCUCCUCCUACCUCCGCUUGCAGGCUCCGCCCAGUUCACCUUUAAGUUUGACUUCGCACGAUGCAUCUAGUUUCUGGUUUCGUGUAAGCCUGCAUGUCAAAAAACAACAACAACAAUGACAACAACAUUUACUCAUUUUCCAUUAACUUGCAUGGCACAAGAGAAACACCCAUCUCCUUUGACCUUGGUGGUCGGAUGCUGCCGCAGCUCUGUCCUGCGACUGAAGGGUCACGGUCCUCGUGAGUCGUUGGCUUCCUAACUGCACCCGCAGGGUAACGUGUGUUGAGUGUGCGUUCACGUCAGCUCCUCCCGGAACAUAUUGGUGAAGUUGAUUCAGCACAAACACUCCACUGGUUCUCCCUAACAUGGGCUCCUGUCGCUUUGACUAACCACAGCCGCCGUUUGCCGCUUGUGUGGCCUCAGUUGCUCUAAAACUGACCAAUAAUGCUAAUGCUGAUCAUUUGUUUGUUUCUCCAUUUUGCAGUAAAUUACAGUAGUUCUGCGCGGAUGACCAGCUACCGACACAAGGUCCAUUCUCACAGCUGAGCUGAUUGAGUUCACCCAACAGAGUUAGCCCUGUAGACUAUUUGGACUCGAAGACAAAAAUAAAUGCCAUAACAACAACAAAACAAAAAAAGAAAAUGUUGAAAUAUUCAAGUCAGUUCAACUCUCCUUCCUUUUACUUUAAAACACUAAAAAGGUGAUUCAUACUACACAUGCUGCUGCUGCCAGAAGCCAAUUUCUCACAAGUUCAAUGAUGUGAUUGACCUUUCCGAUCCAGAGGUUGUGAUUGGCUGAUCUAGUCCUCCAAUGAGAAGCCAGGGGAGAUGGGGUUUUUUUCUCAAUGUAAAUCACAAUGUUAUUUUUUGUUGUUUGAGGGGUUUUUUUUGUUUUUUCCUAAAUCUGUGCACUUUCAUUAUAUAGGAUUAUAUCAGACUAUUAUUAACCUAUAGGAAAGCGUAGUAGUGCUGUGGUUUGUGAGUAAUUCAGUAUAGAUUAUAAAACUCUAGGAUUAUACGUCCUCCUGAAUAAUCUGAAUUUUAAGAGACUAUUUACUCCAGUAAGGGCUUCACAAACCACAGACCUACUAUCACGACUUAUCCUCGAGACUUUUAUCCAUGGAAUAAUCAUUCUGAAAUUGUUUUGUUACAUCAUUUGUUAUGUUGUCGGUUUUCUUUUAUGUUUGUUCUACUGCCAUGUUCUCUACAAACAAAAAAAUCCAGGGUGAUCAAAUUCUGGGGUUUUUUCGUGUAUUUAUUAUUCCUAGGAAUAGCUCAAAAUAACACAGUCAAACUUGACGACGCUCUGACUCGAGUAGGUAAGUUGUGUUUUGGGGAAAAAUUUUGCGCGAUAUGAAAAGCUUUUCCUGAGCUUCUUACCGAGGGCGUUCCACUGAAACGCGAUCACUGACUCCCAGAAUUCUCUGCAAGUGUGACAAUUAAAUUCCAAAUUGGAAUUGUUUCAUUCUCUCCUUUUUUAUCGUGCCAAAUCUUGGCACACCAUUUAGGUUGCAAAGAACCGAGACUCGGAAAGAAGACAAGCCGUCACUUAGAAAGGUGUAAUUCGGGGCCAUGGCUCUCCACGCGAGGGCCGGGGUUUUGUUUGGGGUUUGUUUAGUUCUUCGUUUGUGACCAGUAGUGCCUUUCAUUGUUUCAAGGGAGAAUCUUAGACUAGUGUUUUAUGUUUCCUUUUUUAUAUGUAGGUGAGGACCUUGGGUUCAAAAAUGACUGUGAGCAGCAAUAAAUGCAAAGGGAAUGUCCACCCUUUCUGCAUGAGUGAGGUGAUAGUUUUAAAAUUAGCCCAAUAAAACUGAAAUUGUGUUGAAUUCUGCGGGUCAGUGAUCCAUUCGAUAAAUUCAGGGGUUUUGAAAGAAAUAGUUGUUUUUUUAUCAAACGUUGGGAACCAAAAGAAAUCGACUUUGGCCUCCUGUUGUUGAACAAAAUGCUCCCAUCAUCUGUAACGUGUUGGGUCAGAUCAGUGUACUAUUGGAAACAUCUACGCAUCUCUAGCUUUGUUUGGUGAAGGUAAUGUGACAUCAAUAGUAUUGUUGAACAAAAAAAAAUGUGCAGAGCGCAUCUGAACUUUCUUUUUGUCCAAUUUGUUUUGUUUGUUGGUUUCUGUUUUUUUUAUUGAACCUUUUUUUUUUUUUUACAUCAUUUUUGAGCAUUAUGUUUUCAGGAAACAGAAAACAAAAUGGGCAUCAACAAGCUUGAAUAGUGCCAUUACAGCCAAUGCUUGUUUGUUGAGGCGUUAAAGUUACGAAUAUGGACGAGAAGCUAAAAAGAAAUAAAGUGCAAUUCAGACUCAGUUUUUACAUUUAAAGAAGAAAGAAAGUUUUCUGUUUGCUGGAAGCGAUAGCUUUGUCAUAAUAAAAUUAGCUGUGCAAACUUGAUAUUGUCAUAUUGUGUUUCAGUAUUUGAUCCAUAAUGAGGGUUUGAUAUCUUUAUAUGAAAUAACGACUUCACCUGUAUGUUGGUAUUUAUUUGAAUUGUCAUGCAGUACUGUAUUCUUAUCAAUAAUGUGCAUUAUGAUUAGUGGCAUAUUCAUUACAGCUAAAUGUCAUAUGCAUGUUUCUCAGUCAUGGGACCUUUACACAGAAUUGAAAACAAACGCAAAAACUUUUCAGGGUGUUUAAAAUAAAAACAAACGGGGGGGGGGGGAGAACAGACUAUAUUUAAGUCUGAUGUAUUACUGCUGAAUUAAUCCUAUGAAAGUGUUUUGUUUGUUUUCCAGUAGGGAGGUGGUAUGUCUGUGUAAAGGUAGUCAUACUGGCUAAAAUCAAUAAAGAUGACUUAAGUUUCAA